UGCAGAUGCCAGAGAAAACUUGAAACCUGAACCUUGUGCUGUGUGUUCCUGUCAUUUUACUGACGACUGCUUCGUCAACCUAAAUGCAUUCAAGGAGGGAUUCGCUGGCCGGUUGUUAUUGAAGGAUGGGUCAGAACCCAGUUUAUUUGGACCAGCUCUUUCCUCCUCCGAAUCACAACCUAACAGAGCGGAGCACCAUCAUUACAGAAGUCAUCUGACCAAUCACCGCAGAUUAGCGUCACGCAAACAAGGGGUUCGGCAAAAUGAAUCGUUGAGCGAAUGGUUUGGGAGUCGUUGAGCAAAUAAGAGCCACCUACUCAGGUGAAUAUAAAGUCCAGACAGAACAGCUCACAGACAUCAGACCUCAGCACAGGAGCAUCCUGAACAUCUCUACACACUGAGGCAACAUGGACACAAGAGCCUCCCUCUCCGUUCUGCUGCUGCUCUUUGGCAUCUCCCAGGCGUCUCCUCUCAUGGAGCAGAGGUUUGAAGGUGUAUUUGUAUCAGAGCCUGAAACUAUGGACAUCACUACAAGGAUUUUAGACACCAACAAUGGAUCUUCUGAAGUCUUGAUUGAAGGAGAUCUGGUGUUUCCCAAAACUAGAAAUGCUCUCUUCUGCUUUAACAACAACUGUUUCUGGAAGAAAAACUCUAACAACAUAGUGGAGGUCCCGUACAUAGUGAGCGCUGAAUUCUCCUAUUACGACAGAUCAGUGAUUGCGAACGCCAUGUCGGCCUUUCAUGCCAAAACCUGCAUCCGCUUUGUGUCCAGAUCUUCUCAGACUGACUACAUCAGUAUUGAGAACAAAGAUGGGUGCUACUCUUCUCUAGGUAGAACUGGUGGCAAACAGGUGGUCUCCCUCAACAGGUACGGCUGUGUGUACAAUGGCAUCGUUCAACAUGAGCUGAAUCAUGCCCUGGGCUUCUACCACGAGCAAACCAGGAGCGAUCGUGACCAGUACGUCAAAAUCAACUGGGAGAACAUCUCUCCUGAUAUGGCCUACAACUUCCAGAAACAGAACACCAACAACCAAAACACUCCAUACGAUUACGGCUCCAUCAUGCACUAUGGAAAAACGGCCUUCUCCACCCAGCCAGGGCUGGAAACCAUCACUCCCAUUCCUGAUGCGACGGUGGAAAUUGGACAAAGGCAGGGACUGUCCAACAUCGACAUCCUGAGGAUCAACAAGCUGUAUGGAUGCUGAAGAUGAGUUUGUACGUGGUGUGUCAGAUUAUCUAAUGUACUUUAUGUUCGUUAAAUAAAUAAUAGAAUGAUGUGAUCUUUGUCUUUUAAUUGUGUUAAAUU